AUGCGACGCAUAUUUGGACCCCAACAAGCCCUGCUCGAGAUGUCGGAAGAUGCAAAGGGAGUCCUUCAUUCCGACUCUGCCAGCGAUGUGUACUCACGGAGGCAUGUCUACAGGCGAAUUUCCGAGCUUGAGCAGCAGACAGACGAGCUCCAAGAACGCCUCCGAGCUUCGAGUCAACCAGAAUCUGCCAAAUUGCCUGGGUCCUCCUGGGCUGCUGUCAAUGACUUGCCACCCGCCAAUACCGACAGCGACAGCCGCCUAGCGUCGGUUGCGCCUUUCUUCACCCAGGAUACGAUAGCGCCGGUGUCGUUCCGAUCCUUCUCCCGAACAGCCGUAGAGUCACUCCAGACGCCUGAGAGUCUACCUCGUGAUUUCCAGUCUUCGGGUGCCUUGCCGAGAACUAUAGACGGACAUACUGUCGAUUCGAAGGACAUUGAAGCCCUGUUUCAGCUUUAUUUUCGGGACUAUGCAGGCCUUCUACCUAUCCUCGAUCCGUCAAUCACACCCGACGGAUACUAUAAACUCUCCCCUUUCCUCUUCUGGGCGGUGAUCGGAGCGUCUUGUCGAACAUACUCGAAGAAUCCUACGCUGCUUUCUGUAUUGCCGCUGAAGGUCCAGACGAUGGCUCUAAUGUCCCUAAACUGCCCUCAAGUCACGUUGCCCAUUGUGCAAGGAAUGUUGCUCCUCCUUCAUUGGCCGUUUCCGAAGACAAAUCAUGGGCACGACUUGACGUUCCCACUAUCUGCUGCUGUCCUACAUAUGGCAAUGCAAAUCGGACUACACCUACCGGUUGCAAGCCAAGAAUUCAGUAAGAGCCGGGUCAAACUCACCGAAGAAGACCUCAGGAUACGUGCUGAGACGUGGGGAUAUUGCACACUUAUCUAUCAGCGGUUUUGCUGGUAUAAGGGCAAUCCGGCAACUCCAAUGUUAGACGUCCCUCAUGACCUCGAGCAACGACGAGAACUAUUCCAGAGAAUAUCUCCAAAGUUGAAGUUCGAACUAAAAUUGCAGGAUGUCGUCACGAGAUGCUGCAUAGCCGUGGCCCAGAACGGCCUUCGCAAUAUGACGGCCGAGCACGAAAGAUCUCUGGAUACUUUGCUGAACGUUUUCCUGGCCCAGAUCAUCAGUGUGGGACUUGAAUGCGCCUCCGAACUCCACCACCUCUACGUACAAGUCGCCACAUUGGUCGUUCAAGCGUUCAACUUAUGGAAGAGCCCAGCUGCGCAAGAUCCUACAGCCCUUUACGAUCUCUGUGUGUCGUGUUGCCGAGUUAUCGAAUCCUUCGAGGCUCUAGACAAGUCCGGACAUAUCUGCCUGUCGGCGUCGGGGAUUUACUUCAUAUACAGCGUGAUGUUGCCCAGCCACAUUCUUCUGCGACUGCUCAAGACGUCCUUCGGCCGGUACAUCAACGUCGAAAGAGCCAGAUCUGCCCUUUUUCUCGGAAUCAGUCUCCACAAGAAGAUGAGCGUGCAGAAUGACGAUGUGCCAGCACGUAAUGGUAUGGCUCUCACUCAGCUCUGGAAUAGUGCGCAUGUUUUCAAAAGACAAAAUGGGACUGAAGCGGUCGCCCUGCGCAUUCGCAGUCGGCUGACGGGUAGCAUUGUGCUUGAUGGCGUUGUCUGGUGGCGCGAGGAGUUUGGAGGCUUCAUGGGCGUCUAUCCACCGCCAUUGUGUGACCAUCGGAACGAGGAAGCCCCUCGAAGUGAUUCGGCUGCAGGGUCUAAUGAGACUGCUAUUCCCGAGAGUGCGAUGACUUCGGCAAUAAGGCCCGACUAUUCGACAUUCAUGGACGACCCUAUGCUGACCGAAUUUGGCUGGCCUGUCUCCGACGAUAUCUUUUCGUCGAUCUGGAUCGAGGGCCAAGUACCUGCGACAUGA